GUAAUAUUUUAAAGGAAACAAAUAAAUAAAUCAAAUUGUUCUUUCUUUCUCUCUCUUUCGCGGAUUGAAAGCAACUCUUUUUUUUGUAGACGAAACAUAGAUCUUCUUUAACAAUUUGGUGACUCAGCGGUCAAUCCUCUCCAUCCUCUAUCUACUUCGCUUCUUUCAAUCAAGAUAACAGGAAAGAGUAAUAAAAACCUGACGAUGUGGGGAUCGCGACCGAGCAUGCGGAGGAUGGAGAUCUCGCGGAGAGUGGUGGGAGGAACGCCUUAUUCGUCUUCGUGGAGACGAGUCUUCUUCAAAGCGACGAUGAGACCAAUAGCUUUCUCUCUCGCUCUGUACACUUUGCCGUAAGCUACUUUAGGAGAGGAUUAUGGUCAGAAUAAAAGGUAGUGAAUCACGACCAAGUAAUAUAUAGAAAGUUCUACUUGCAGAGAGUUCAUAGAAUCAAUCGGAGUACGCAUCAGAGCUAUGAUCAAUUCGUAAAUCACCUUCAAAACUGGCCCAAAAUCAUUUAAAUCUGCAGAAACUGUUCUAUUGCUGCAUUGUUAGGACUCAGUUUGACAAGGUAAAUUAAUUUUUAUUGAGUUGGUAUUUGGUAUAGAUAAUCAUGAAAUAUCCGACUUCAUAAUUAACCGUGAUAUUUUGAAGUAGACGGUUGGAUUAGUAGUUAUUCAUGUCUUUCUGAAUCAGUUUGAUGCACUGUAAAACAGAGUGAUAUGUUUGAUGAAUUGUCUUGUUUGGUUGGAAAAUGAGCUCAGACAGAGUGGUAUGUUUAAUGUCUUAUUCAAUAAUUACAAGUUUUUUUUUAUUAUAGAAUGAGAUGCAAGUAAUCUAUUAUUACAAGUUUUCUAAUUUUUGAAACUUAGAACUUUUAAUUGGUUCUACCAUUGUAGGGGUUAAAACUAAACAAGUAUCUAAAUUUUUUAAUUUGAUUAUUUUCAAUUAAAAAAUUGAUUUAGAACUCUAACAUCAUAUCUAUUGUUAGAGAUGGUCUUAACUACGCAUGCAGCAGAGAGAGUUCUUUUUUUUUCUUUUUUUUUUGAAAAAUGCAGCAGAGAGAGUUGAGAACUUUUGUCAACUAUCAUCCACUAGCUUCUUCUUCAAAGAACAAUUACUGUUAUAAGUUCAAAUCUCUUUUUGUAAACGAUGCAAUUUUCUAGCGUAAUUAAGAUAAAUUCCCAACGGAUAGUUGAAUGUAUAAACUGUUCUUUUUAAUUUUCAUUUUCCCUGUUGCAUUGCUUAGGAAACUGGAUAAAUGGGUACAGUUCAUUAGAUUUCAUAUGAAGUUUUUUUUUUGAACACAAAUUUCAUAUAAAGUUAUAUUUUGCUUUUUUGGUUGAAAUUUGGAAUGAUUUUUUUUUUUUGUUUAAGAUUUUAUAUUUUGCAAUGAAUAGACGUUUUAACGUAACUUUCACUAUGUUUCUGGAAAUCACUUGUAACGUUUUAUUUCAACUUUUGCUAUUAGUCAGCGGCAUCGUUUUAUUUUAUUUUCUCUUGAUAUGCUUGUUAUUUUUCCUUUUUGUUUUUCCUUUGAUGACAGUGUUCUUAUUUAUCUGGAAGAAAUCCGACAGAGCCACAGAUUUUUACCAAGUGAGCUUUUGUAAUUUUUCUUUGUUAAUUUAUUUGUGAAAAAGCAUAUCCAUCGAAGAUGUCGUACAUGCAAACCGUCCGUGGUUUCAAGUGUUUCGGGGAGAACUUCAUCGUGGAAUCAUUAUUUGUGGAGCUGUUCAUCAAUAUCACAUAUGUUGCAGGUAGUUGAUCAUCAUAUGCAAUUAGAAAUUAUACGAUGAUGUAAUGUGUUACCCAGCGUUAAAAAAAUUUAUUUGUGAAAAGAUGUUGAUAUAUAGGACUUAUUUGUUUUUUUAUUAAUGUUAAUGCUUUAAUUAGUCUGAGAAUCCGGUGAAACACGCCAGUGAAUUAGAAGAAAAGGUUUACGAACUUCAGCAUCGGCUGAUAUUUGAACUAAGACGAAAUGUGGAAAUGCAGCUCAAGAGAAACGUACUAGUGGAAACUCUGCCUAAAUUGGCAGAUAAGGAAGUUGCAAAACAUAAUAAGCUUGAAAAUGUAAGAGAUGGUGUCCGGGGAAUUUUAUGUCGAUAAUAAAAAGCUUACUUCUUUUUUUUUGUGUUCAGAUCGAUGGGAAGUAGUUCUUGUCUAAGCUUGGUCUUAAGUCUUAACUUGAUUAAAAAUCAGGUAAUUCUUAAAGAACGCACAAAUAUGAUAAUAUUGCAAAAUCCUAGUGAUUAAUUUUCUAAAUAAUUCUGCAUGGUUGCAGACAUAUCUAAUGAAUCUAUGGCAACAUCUUAGCCUAACUCUUGAAAAGGUUGGGAUUCACUAUUUACCUUGAAAGUUUUCGAAGUCCCUUAAAAGAGACUUCCUUUGUGCUUUUUUCAGAUUCUUACUAUUAUUCAUUUACUUCACUUGAUACUGAUAUCUGAGAAUUAUCCCCCUUGAUUUAACAGAAACUAGAUACGAACCCGCGCUGUGCGCGGAUAUUAUUUUCGUUGUGUCUUCAUAAUUUUUUUAAUAUAUAAUAUUAUAUGAUUAUGAAAUUUUUGGUUUAUACUUUUAAAAAUAUAUUUAUUUGGAAUAUAAACUCGUCUAAUCUUGGUGUGUGUUUUAAUUUUAUAGAUAGAUUAUACAUCGUGUUAGUUUUUAAAUGUAAUGCUCGUAUAUGUAGUAAUUUAGUGGUUUGACUUGGUUUUUAACUGUGAAAUUAUCUUACUUAAACUAAGGAAUUAUUCUUUUAAAAAAUAUAUAUCUUUUAAUUUAAUUUAUAUUAAAUAAUUUAUUUUAAUUUUUUGUAUAUUUAAUAAUACUAACCAUUUUAUCUAAUUAUUAAUAAUUCGGCUAUACAUAGGUUUUUAAAAUAUUUUAAUUAUUUAUGUACAUUUUAAAAAUACAAUAAACCCAAAAAGAUAUUUGAUAAAUUGGUAAGAUCCGUAAAUAUUCAAUCUAAAUUAAAUUUAUGUGUUUAUGGUUCACGUCCGAUAUAAUCAUAUUUUGAUUUGUCCAAAAAAGACUUUAAAGCCCAAUAGUAGAACAUAUUAAUUAUAAGAAGAUUUGUGUAUUAUAUUGAUCUUCUAAUAAUAAAUACAUAAUCGAAGUAGAAGCACUGAUGGGCGAUGGAGAAUAUGUUUCAACAUUCGACAUACCAGAUCUUUGGAAUAUACUGUAAGGAUCAGAUUGCAGAUAUGCUUCCCAGACUUCAAGAUCACUUAUGUUCCACGAGCGCAAAAUCAGAUUUCUGAUUCUUUAGCUAGGACCGCAAAGUCUUUCUGUAGAGAGCUUUGUUUUAUUGGUUGUUAUAUUUCGGUCUAGUUACCCAAACAACCUCAAAUUUGAGUAAUAUAAUAUUUGUUCAUUUAAAAAAAAAAUACAUAACUGAAGGUUUAGUAUAAAUCUUCAUAAAAAUAUAUUAUAAGAAGAUAUGUGUAUUAUAUUGAUAUUUACUAUAAAUUUAAUUUGUUAUGUUCAUAAUAAAAUGGUCCUACUAUCGAUCAUCAUAAAUUAUUGUACAUCUUCACUAUAUUAAAAAUGUUCGUGGUUAUUUUGAAAGUGAAACUGAACCGAGUGAUCAAAACAACAUGUCGAUAUCAAGGCAACAACAUACAGGUUAAAUUUAAUUAUAUGGAUCGUCAUAAUUAUUGUAUAAGAAGAGCGUGUAUGUUAAAGGGACCGUAUAUUAAGGAGAAAACCACCAAAAAAACUCUAAACUUAAAAAAAAAGCCAAAAAAAUAUCAACUCAUAAAUGAGCAAUUUAAAUCCCCAACUUUUGAAUAUUGGCCUUUUUAAUCUUGUUUUUAUGUUGACUUGGCCAUUUUAACUUAAAAAUAGUCCAUGUUAACUUUGAUUAAUAAAAAAUAAACAUCUGUUAAGUUAUGAAACUACGUAGUUUUAGUAAUUAAAAGAAAUAGUGCAAUACGUAAGAAAAAAAGCCGUCGAACCCUAACUCCUUCAUCCCCAACUCUUGUGGCGACGGUGACUGUUGUUUUUGGUACAACGAAACUUCUUCGGGACGCAAUUGUAAAAGAUGGCUAAGAUUAGGCAACUUGGUAGUGUUCGUCACACUGGUGGAUCGGGUGAUGGCGAGGAGAGAGUUGUCGAAAGUGUAAAACAACAUGUCAGAGAUGAUGAUCGAGCUGUGGGACAGAAUGAUGAUUGUGAGGUUGUUGAAGACGAGGCUGAAGCUGGUUUUGAGAAUGAGGUUGAUGAGAAUGGAAUAGGUGUCGAAGAGGAAAUUGUCGGAGACUUACGAGACCAGUUCGGAGAUGUUGUCCAAGAUGAGGUGGAUAAUUAUGAUGGGGACAGUGGAGAUAACAUUUGGAAUGAUGAUACUAUUCCUGAUCCAUUGUCGUCUGAUGAUGAUGAAGAAGAGUUGGAGCAUAGGGAAGAGGUCGCAAAUACACAAGGCUGUGAAGAGCUUUUGUAUUUGGGGAAAAUGUAUGGUUGUGCAUCUGACUUCAAAGUGGCUCUCCUAAGGUAUUCACUAAGAACAAGGUACGAUAUCAAAUUGUACAAAUCAUGUGCUAGGCAACUUGGUGCAAAGUGCUCUGAUGUAGAGUCUAAGUGUCCUUGGAGAAUAUAUUGCUCUUAUGAAAGGAGAAGACAUAAGAUGCAGAUUAAAGUUUAUGUGAAUGAGCAUACUUGCUUAAGAUCAGGAUACUCGAAGAUGUUGAAGACAUCUUCAAUUGCUAUGUUGUUUGAAGAAAGGCUAAGACUGAAUCCGAAGCUCACAAGGACUGAGAUGGCUGAUGAGAUAAAGAGAGAAUAUAAUCUAAUUGUCACAGAGGAACAAUGUGGUAAAGCUAAGUCUAAACUUUAUAGACAAAGAAAAGCAAGCCAUGAAGCUCAUUUUUCUCGUAUUUGGGACUACCAAGCAGAGAUUCUUCACACAAAUCCUUACUCGACGAUGGAGAUUGAAACUGUCCCAGGACCAGUUUUACAGAGCAAACAGAGGUUUGACCGUCUGUACAUGUGUUUCGCAGCUCAGAGAGAGACUUGGAUUGAGACAUGUAGGCCAAUCAUAGGUUUAGAUGGGGCAUUUCUGAAAUGGGAUAUCAAAGGACAGUUGUUGGCUGCGAUAGGACGAGAUGGUGACAACAGGAUUGUUCCAAUAGCUUGGGCUGUGGUGGAAGUCGAGAACAACAUCAAUUGGGAGUGGUUUGUUAAGCACUUGAAGGAAGACCUUGGACUACAAGUUGGGGCUAGAUUCACCAUCAUAUCAGACAAACAAAAGGUUAAUAGUUAAUGCUUAGAAGUAUUUCGUUCUGUUUUCAUUGUUAAUAUAACUAAAAUACUUAAUGAUAUGCAGGGUUUGGUGAAUGCUGUUAAAAAUGAAUUACCUGAAGCUGAACAUCGUAUGUGUGCAAAACACAUUCUAUCUAAUUGGAAGAGAGAUAGUAAGGAUCCAGAGUUAGAGCGUAUGUUCUGGAUCAUAGCACACUGCUACACUAAAGGAGAGUAUGAUGAUGCUUUAGAAGCACUUAAGAAGUACAACAAAGGUGCGCAUGACACUCUUCUUCUCCAAAAUCCUCCAACAUGGUCUAGAGCAUUCUUUAGACAAGGAUCAUGCUGCAAUGACAACUUGAACAAUCUCUGUGAGUCAUUCAAUAAAACCAUAAGGGAAGCAAGGAAAAAACCACUACUCGACAUGUUAGAGGAUAUUAGGAAGUAGUGUAUGGUUCGUAAUGCGAAGAGGGCUAUUAUUGCUGGUAGACUGAAGAUUAAGUUUACUAAGAGGGCGCAUACUGAGAUUGAACUGACAAAGGAGAAGGCAAAAGAUUGCAGAAGGUACUUAGCGUGUGGAAAUUUCCAUGAGAUUGAUCAUCAUAGUGUUACAUAUAGUGUGGACAUGAACUUGCGAACAUGCGGCUGUAUGAAAUGGCAGGUGACAGGAAUUCCUUGUAUACAUGCUGCAUGUGUCAUAAUUUCAAAGAAGAUUAGGUUUGAUGAUUAUGUGGUUGAUUACUACACAACAGAAAAGUGGCGACAAACAUAUAGUCGAGGAAUCAAACCUGUCCAAGGCAUGAAGUUAUGGCCUAGAUUAAGUAGGAUAGGAGUUCUGCCACCACCAUUUAGAGUAGGGAAUCGUGGAAGACCAAGUAAUCAUAAUAGGAAGAAAGGUCUUAAUGAAUUUUCAUCUUUGCCCAACAAGAACAAGUUAAGUAGGGACAAACGUAUCAUGACUUGCUCAAACUGUCGAGAAGAAGGUCAUAACAUACAGACUUGUGCUAAUGAGAGGGUCGAGAAUGCGCCCAAAAGACCAAGAGGUCGACCAAGAAAAGAGAUUUCGGUAUGAUGCUCAUUGUUUAAAUACUAAUUAAAAGGAUUCUGUUUCGAUCAGUUUUAACCACUAUGUUAUAUUUUGCAGGGAGAUGUA